GCGCGCUCGGAGCUUUCGGGCCAGCCACCGCCGCGCGAGCUAGAAGCGCCCCAGCCCGGCAAGCUGGCUCACCCGCUGGCCACCCAGCACAGCCCGCUGGCCCCUCUCCUGCAGCCCAUCUGGCGGAGCGGCGGCGGCGGCGGCGGCGGCGGCAGGAGAAUGGCAUCAGAACUGGCAAUGAGCAACUCCGACCUGCCCACCAGUCCCCUGGCCAUGGAAUAUGUUAAUGACUUCGAUCUGAUGAAGUUUGAAGUGAAAAAGGAACCGGUGGAGACCGACCGCAUCAUCAGCCAGUGCGGCCGUCUCAUCGCCGGGGGCUCGCUGUCCUCCACCCCCAUGAGCACGCCGUGCAGCUCGGUGCCCCCUUCCCCCAGCUUCUCGGCGCCCAGCCCGGGCUCGGGCAGCGAGCAGAAGGCGCACCUGGAAGACUACUACUGGAUGACCGGCUACCCGCAGCAGCUGAACCCCGAGGCGCUGGGCUUCAGCCCCGAGGACGCGGUCGAGGCGCUCAUCAGCAACAGCCACCAGCUCCAGGGCGGCUUCGAUGGCUACGCGCGCGGGGCGCAGCAGCUGGCCUCGGCGGCCGGGGCCGGCGCCGGCGCCUCCCUGGGCGGCAGCGGCGAGGAGAUGGGCCCCGCCGCCGCCGUGGUGUCCGCCGUGAUCGCCGCGGCCGCCGCGCAGAGCGGCGCGGGCCCGCAUUACCACCACCACCACCACCACCACGCCGCCGGCCACGGCCACCACCACCACCCGACGGCCGGCGCGCCCGGCGCCGCGGGCAGCGCGUCCGCCUCGGCCGGUGGCGCGGGCGGCGCGGGCGGCGGUGGCCCGGCCAGCGCCGGGGGCGGCGGCGGAGGCGGCGGCGGAGGCGGCGGCGGCGGCGGCGGAGGCGGCGGCGGGGGCGCGGCGGGGGCGGGGGGCGCCCUGCACCCGCACCACGCCGCGGGCGGCCUGCACUUCGACGACCGCUUCUCCGACGAGCAGCUGGUGACCAUGUCGGUGCGCGAGCUGAACCGGCAGCUGCGCGGGGUCAGCAAGGAGGAGGUGAUCCGGCUGAAGCAGAAGAGGCGGACCCUGAAAAACCGCGGCUAUGCCCAGUCCUGCCGCUUCAAGAGGGUGCAGCAGAGACACGUCCUGGAGUCCGAGAAGAAUCAGCUGCUGCAGCAGGUCGACCACCUCAAGCAGGAGAUCUCCAGGCUGGUGCGCGAGAGGGACGCGUACAAGGAGAAAUACGAGAAGUUGGUGAGCAGCGGCUUCCGAGAAAACGGCUCGAGCAGCGACAACCCGUCCUCUCCCGAGUUUUUCAUGUACCCAAGGGAAUCCUCUACAUCAGUGAUGUGAAAAACCCUGUUGCCUGAAGUCAAAGAGAAAAUAUGAUGCUGGCAUGCUAAUCGCGGGAGACAACUUGGCCCACAGACAGCCACAAAGCACAAAAACAAAACAAACUCAGAGAAGAAGAAACAAGAACGGUGUUUUCCUGGCGUCUACAAGAAGCGCUUUAUUUUUCCUCUAGAUUUCUUUUCUAAAAAAAGAAAACAAAACAAAAAACAAAACUGAAACAAACACUUAAAGAAACAGUGCGAACUUCAGGUGAUAAUAUUCAAGCAUGUUCUUUUAUUAAGCAUAGGAUGGGAGGAGUGACAGGAAGUCUAAGCAGAAAUCUCCAGCAGGAUAACGCAGAGGUCUUGAACCUCUGCGAUCCGGGUUACUUCUAGAAACUGCAGAUGAGGAAUGAAUGGAAACGACUUUUUAUCCUCUGCUCCCGCAAAUAUCCUGUAUAUUCUCACGGACGCAAUGCUUCCUUUCUUGCCUGCCAAGGUGUCUAGGGCAUGAUUUGCAGAAUUUGUUACAAUCUCUAAAGAAUUUUGGGUGCAGCUUUGGCGACGGAGUGGGCGGGCCAGCCCUUCUGUGACCCACCAGCUCUGUGUAUGGCACCCAUUUCUAAGUGUCACCUCCCUCCUGGCUGGCUGGAACAAGGGUCCCCAGUCAUCACCGCGCCCACUCAGGCUUGGUCAGGGUGAGUCAAACAAUGAUCUCCUGGAUCCGGGCAGCAAAGAAGGACAGACACUCGCCUCUUCUGCCCUCAACAGGAGAAGACCAGUUCCUGGCUACAGCGUGGCGAUGGUAAGGCCGUGGCUGUGGUGGUGGCCAGGGUGGGGAGAGACAGGGGGCACCUGGCUACUCUAAACAGUGUGAGAGAAUUGCUUGGGCUUCUGCCGUGAGACAAGGGACCCGCAUACCAACUAAGCGUUUGCGUUCAAACAGGCCGCCACCAGGAAAGCAAAGAGACCCGGGCCUCACCCAGCCCCAGAGAAAGGAGAUUGUCCCCCUGGCCCUGCCAUUCCCAGCUUCUCACCGGCGCUUGGCAUUUUUCCCUCUGUCGUGACUACUCUUACUUCCUUUGUCUGGUGGAUCUGGGUUGGGGGCGGGGGUCGGGGGGGCUGGGGGGACCUGGAAAGGCCCGGGAUCGUAAGUGGGCAGGGGCCCGGCGUCGGCAGCUACGCGCGCACAGGGCGGGUGUGUGUGCCGAGCACGCUCACGGCCGCUCACGCUCAGCCGGACUGGCUGCCGAGAGCUUCCUGGAUUAACCGCUCGCUGAGCACCCACAGGGCGCGGGCCGUGUCUUCGCUCUGAGCUUCGGGGGACGGCACGCAUCGGCAGCAGUUGUUGAAGUACAUCCCUCCCAGGCCCUCGAGCUCUGGGGCGGCAGCACAGUAGACGGUGGUGGCAGCUCCUUGUUGCUGGAAAUCAAAGAAAAAGAAGGCCCAACUCAUUAUUAUUCUCAUUAUUGUCAUUGUGAUUAUUUUUUAAAGAAAAGAGGUGAUGAGCUGACUUCAUUCUGUCUGGGCACGAGCAAGCCCCUCCGUGUCGGGUUCGGCUGCACCCCGAUCUCAGCAUGGCAGAGGGUACUGAACUCAGCACGUGACCCUAAAAGGGAGGCGGUGACCAUCCUGGAAAAAAGCAAGUUCACAAACGCUGCUCGUAAAGCUGGUGUGACUUUUUACACCUCGUAGAGGAAAAGGCUUCAGAAAUAAAUACGCGCCGCAAUAAAUCACAUCAAAGGUCUCUUCUGAGCCAAGAGAAAAAGAGGGUAUAUGCCUUUGAACAUGCAGGAACAAGUUCAUCCACCCCGUUGACUUCUGAAUGCAUGAUGUGAUUUGACCCCGAGAUGUUUCCAGAACCUUCUGUCUGGAUGAAACCAACCACUCUAAUGCCCAUCAGAUAGAAAACCCAGGGAGGGCCUGGUGCCAGAGCCUCUCUUUAUUUAUUUAUUUUUUUUUGCCCACGGUGCUGCUAGGAGAAGGGUUUGCUGGGUGAAAAUGUUGAAAACACGCCUACACACGUUCUUCUUGCCACGCAUACGUGUCUCAAGCAGACACAGGACACGUGUAGUAAUUCAUCCAGAUCCCAUGAAAACCUUUCUUCAUAUUCAUCCCGCAUUUGCAAGGGGACAGUGACUAAGGGGGUACAUUUCCUCCCAGGCCACUUCAAACUGUAAGUUGCAAUGAGUACAAUUGAUUACUUUCGAUUCACCUUCUGAGUAACAGUUGGUGCUGUGGCUAGGGAUGUGUGUGCCGAUGGGGCACCAUAUCAUCCCGGCUGACACAAUGCUGUCAGGGAUGCUGUAAAGAGGGCAAGAAAUCACUUUGCUUUGCAAGCCAUAAUUAAAAAUAAUAGGCUGGUGUUCGUAGGGAGACACGAUAGGCACGGCUCUAAUUUAAAACCAAUACAGUUUAUCUGGCAUCUUAUGAUUAUUUAUGUGGAUCACAGCCCUUGCUGCAUCAACUAAUUAUCAGCUGAUAGGGAGGGGGGGGUUGCAGCAGAGGAUGGAAAAAGGUAAUGGGGAUAAGGUCACCCUUAGGGGAAGACCCUAAAGAUAUUUGAGAGGCAAACGCAUUUCUGUCCAGGUGUCGUAAUUUUAGGACAGUGCUAAAAAGUAGACUUGAGUAUUUUGCUCGUUUCUGUUUUUGUUUUUGUUUUUUUUUGGUGGGGGGGAGACAGGUUCAGUGUCGGGUUCUAGGGUCGCAUUUCAAUUGGUCUGAAAAGCAAAUGGUCAAACGCAGUCAAGCGACAGGAUUUUGUGGGGAGCACUGUGGAGUGGAGAGCAGCGGAGAGCGUCCGACUCGAGUCCUAGUGAUAGCUGGAUGCUUGACUGGGUUGGACAAGUCCCAUUAGUCCAGAAUCCGAACACCUGACAUGACUCCAAUUUAAUUAAACAGGAAUGGGUGUCCCAUUUCCCCGGCCCCCUGGCCAUGUCCACUCCCCAGAUAGCCAGUUAUUUCCUUGGAUUCAGCUAUUUCUUUUCGAAUUGAUUUGUGUGGCUCAAGUAUAAUGGAAAUAAGUGUGUGUCAUCCAAAUUCCCUCUCACUGAAUUAUCAUUCCUAAUAACCCUUAGCUUAGCACCUGGCACAUUUAUCGAAAGAAUUCCCAGCGGCUGAUCUGACGACUCUUCGUGCCACGCGGGGGCAAAAGGGAAGCGGACUGCCUCUAAAGACAAAUUGAAGAACUGAGAGGCUCAGCCUGGUAACUCAAGCCAAAUAUCACUUUGGCCUCAAUUCUUAGCAGAGUUCAGGUGGAGAUAGUGUUUUGCUUCAUUUUCAGGAUAUCUAUGAUUUCCAUCUUACUUGGCAGUGGCCAAAACCACCAAAGAGUGGUCGGGUGGUUUGCCAGCAGUUCCCAAGUGGUGAGAAAACCCAGUGAGCUCAUCCCUAAACUCGGGCUCCCCGCCCCCCAGCGAGUGUGCUUACAAUAUUAGCAUUCACCCGUCGUGGGAGAGAAGAUCCAAGUAGGCGGCUUGGGAAAGCGAAAAGCGGAAGUCUUCCGAACCCAAGGUAGUACCUUGCCACUGUGACCUUCUAAAAUGGUGUCGGAUUGCGCUCUUGCAUUGGUGGGAUGGCAUUUUUGCAAAGAAAUUCUGCACGUCCAUUGAUUCAGAAUCAGACUGAUGAGGGAGCUUGGGGGCAUGCGUCUUCCCUCGGUGGAAUCUGAAAGCAGUUGCAGUUGACCUCAUUUCGUGUAAACAGACACUUGGCUGCCAUGCCGAGAACCAUGCGUUUUAGAAAAGCCCAAUCUUUCCCCAAGAGCUGGCUUUGAUUCCUUUGCCACGAGGCUCGGGGUGGUGAUCCACAGUCCUAAUGGCAUUCAUAAGUAACUCCGGCUCUAGAGAAGAACAUGGGGCAGUAGGGAUCCCUGAAAGCAAAGACCACCUCUGCUCUGAAGAUGAACGACAUCCAUUCGGCACAUCCACCCUCCUGGGUCUUGCUCGGUUCGGCUGGUGCCCACUUCCCUUGCCUCUCUUGUCGGGACACUUAAGUAGUGACCGUACCUUUCAGUCCCAAGCCCACUCCCCUUCUGGCUUCUCGGGGAAUUCUCUUCUCUUUUCGGCUGUGCCAAUGGCAGCCUGAGUGACAUCUUUAUACGAUCAGAUGUGAUGACAGUUUAAUAACAAGUUCUCAUUUUUGGCUCAUCAGCUUUUUGGUCUGCCUAUCAUCAGAAUGAGACAGAGCCACAUUAGGGAAAUCUCAUUAGUAAAUAAACCGGUACUGCUGAUACAAGAUAAAACAUUUUUUAAACGGAUGAAAAAAAAAAAAACUUGUUUCAAGAGCGCUUUAAUCACCAUCAGAUGGCUUUCAUGCCACUUUUGGGGCAUCAGUACAUAAUUCAAAAAAGAUGAAAGAGCCAUAUAAAGGAAACAAUGUUAACAACUGUGCUAUAAAAUAUCUGAAGAGACGUCCGGGUGGUUAUCACCACUGCUUACUGAUCCAGCGUGAUAAAAUAAUAGCGAUACCUUGACACAUCAACACCGGCUGGAGCUGUGGGUUCCCCUAAGUGAAGUUUUAAGAACAGCUCACCCAAAGCUCACAGGUUCCAGGCAGUUGGGAUCCCUGGGGACUGGGGUGCAGCGGCCCCGUCCCGUAGACACGGCACGAGUUGGGGUGCGGAUGAUGCAAGACGGAGAAUUUCGGGGUAAGCCCAGCAGAACCUUUAAUCACGCCCGAAUGCCAUUUCGGAUCGAGUCAAACAUUUGUGAGCUGCCAGAGGAGAAGUAUGCCCUCAAUCUUUAUAGUGUAUGCAAAAUCACCUACGAUUCUUUUUUGGGGGAUUCAGUUAAGAGUAUCUUGGUAAUACGGGUGCGUCAUUCUCUUUCAGGAAUCAUUUGUCAGAUUGGCAGCCCAAUCUUCAACUCCAGAAAGGUGGGCUUUAAAAAGCAGUUGUUGAUGUAGAGUUGAGACCCUGAGAUCGAAAUGAGCCAUCCUCACAAAACCCUUUGUGGGGAUAAAGAUGUUAAGUAGCUGCUUUUCAUCAACCUUUAUUUGAGAAGCACCGGCCAUCAUUCUGGAGCUGUCAGCAUGGAAUACAAAUGAAUAUGGACUCUUUCCAAGGAAAGGUACAGAGGUUUCUGAUAGACGAUAUAUGGUAGAGGGAAAAAAACCAACCCCCACAUAUUCAUAUUUGUGAUGCAUUGGUUAGCAACUCUCAUAUAACUUGCGUUUUAAUAAGGACACGUAGUACACGACGUUCAGUUUUCAAGUUUCUCUGUUUUAAAAUGCAUGCUUACUUAAAAGGAAGAAUAUAGUCCUGUCUUGCCGUAGAUUUAACUAUGAGACGUAUAAAAAAGUAGACACACAGUCACGGAACAUCUGUAUAUUCAGUGAUUUCAAGCAGAGUAGAUGUUCGGAGAUUGCUUUAUUAUAGACAUACUGAUGCCAGGACAUCGCGCAGCCAAUGUUGAGUGAAUCGACUCAACAGAAAGUAGUUGGGUAAAGAAACCCGUCACGAAAGUCAGCCCGAGCUUGGAAACCCAAGGAGGGGGGCAGGGAGAAGAGCCCUCUUGGAAAUGAGCAGUGACUAUCGUGCUGAAUUCCCGGACAGUGAUGGCAGGAAGACAACAGAGGGGCCUCUUGGAACCCUCAGAGCUGUCCCCGUUACUCCGCCAGCGUCUGCUAGGCAAACAUGCAUCAGAUACGAAACCAGCCACCUGUCCGGUGGCUCCGGAAUGCGGCAGAGUGACUUAUCACAGCCUCGGUGGAGAAGAGGGAGUGAAUGCACGUGUCUCGGGUGGAAUCAAGGGCUGUCUCCACACCCUGUCUUUCCCUGUCUCCCAAGAACGCUCCCGAAACAAGAGUCUGUAACCCCUCUGCUGGAAAAGCUCAAUGCCGUGUUCCGGAGUUCAUCUCCGGAUACCUUGGCACACAUCUGUUCCUCCAAAGACAAUAACGGUUUGAAUCUCUGAUUUGAAAGGCAAACGAAAGCAAACUGGCCCCCAAAUGUUAUCAGUUCCCUCCUUCCCAUCUGAGAACAAUCUUUUAAGCCCCAAAAGGUGCCGCAUAUUUCAUUACACGGAGUAAGGCAGCUUGCAGAGGAACGAGGCUCGUGGGCCUUCCCCGGGAGCGCAACCACAGCCAAAAAGUCACCCCCUUCCUCCACCGUGAUGCUUGUGCAAUCGAACUGACAAGUCGUGAAGUAAGUGCUAAUCAACGAACACACCGGCUUCUACCUAAAUUAUGGGAGACGCUAGAACAGAGAAUUCCAAAGGACCCUGUCCUCCAAAUUGUCAUGCUCUUCUAACGAGUGGUUGCAAACAGGGACUAUUCAAGGGGUAACAGUGGAUAGCACGUACCGAGAGCUUAUAAUUCAUCAGGCCCCGCCAGGGAGCUUUGUAAGCAUGAUUUUCUAACCCCCACGAAGCUCUCCAGGCCAGAGGCAAUUAUGAUGUAGCCCCAUUUACAGAGAAGCCCAGUUAGCAUCAGAGAUUAAAAGCAACUUGUCCAAAGCCACACAGAUAACCACACGGACGGAACCACUCCGGAAGUCUUAUCAGGUGGCCGUGCCAAGCCUCCUUCCCAAACAGGUGACACAGAUGUUCGCCUAUAGCCUGCUCCCUGUUGCCUGUCUCCCCUCUUGGCAGAAGCUUCCUGAUGAGGGCCUCCUUGCCCUCCUCGCAGCCAAGCCAUGGCUGGCCACGGUGUGAUGCCCCAACGUGGCCUGCAAUUAAGUGGGUUGUCAUGCCUUCACCUGAGAAAUGUUAAAAGGAGAUUUUUUUCUGUUGUUGGUUUAGUCAGUGAACUAAAUUGAAAUUAUAUCCUUUUGGAUUAACAAAACUGAAGGCUCAGCACCACCUCAGAAGAUCCAAUAGCAAAUGACCUUCACGAAAAGGUCACCUGAUUCAAAAUGCCACCUCCAAGCUCCUCUUGGACCCUAGACUUUUUUUUUUUUCAGUGCAGGAACUGAACCACAUCAAGACCAAUGAAACCUAAGCAAAUCUCCAUCCUAUAAGUUCGCAUACAUGUAAGAUGCGUGUGGCCUUCUGGAAGACAAUACCUGAUGUGACAUCAAGUGUUCAGAGGAAACUCUGGUCCCCAUGCCCCAUUCUCCCCCUGCCCCCCAAUUAAUUAAUUCCUAACGAUUGAUUCCCACAAAGGCUUCAAACCAUACGGGCUUGGAUACAUGUGGCUACUUCCUGUUGGCGUCAAAAUAGAACUUUCUCCAGUACUUUGAGGAGUUCUGCUCACAGGCUGUUCUCAACAUUGAUUACAAAACACACUCAAUUUCUCCAAUAGAGAAAAGUGGAGAAGAUCAGGAAUGUGCAGAUACCUGUUUUUAACUGUGGAGGCUUUAAAAGUCUGAGAGAAUGUUCCAGAGCAUCCAUUUUGGUCACAUUCGGACUCUUAGCCCUACAGAGGAGAACGUGUCCUGCUCUAAAGCAAUGGACUUUCUCCUCUUGCCACAGGGAAACCGCUUCUUUGCUAAAAUAAGUUCUCAAGUGUGGAAAACCUCAGAGGUUCCACUCGGUUGACUUGUCUCCCCCACAGCAGGUAAAGCAGUGUCAUUCCCCAGGGGACACUGAGGACACAGCCUUGGGGGGCGGGGAGCUUGAUCGCAAUGGCUCCAGGGGAGGACCAAGCAAUAGGGUAGGCCAGUCCAUUGCCAUGAGUGCAGCUGGUCCCAGCACAGGCUGGAGCCCCAAACUCAAAGGGUCUCCUGAGUGAAAUGUUGGAGGGGGAGCAGUUGUGGUACCGCUUUCAAGAAAAAGCCACAUGUCCACAGGCCUCCAUUCAGAGACAGUCUACAAGGUGACACAGAACCUUUCUUGUCUGUUUUCAGGCAUCCCAAAUAGGUGCCCCAAACCAAGUCAGACUACAAGGACCACAGCAUUGCCCUUGACAAAAGACAUGAAUUUCUAGCAGAGUCAUUAUGGAGUUUUAAGAGAAUGACUUGGAGACCAGGGUAGAAUGAGACGGAAAGUCAGAGGGCACAUCACUGCUCUUCCUCUGAGAAACCUUUGCAGGAACGAGUUCAGAGACUGGUCGGUUCAGGACGGAAAGCUGGAAAGGUUUUGUUUUUGUGUUUAAAGACAGAAGAACAUAUUUGUCCUCACUAGCCUUAAGUUUUGCGGAGCAAAAGGCAGCCAACCCCAACCAUCCAAAUAGGCCCGACGCCAUGUUUGUUCUGGGCAGGCCAGGCACGGGAGGAUUUUCACUUAGGCUAGCAGCAGGAUGUAAGGGCGCAGUGACCUUGGUAGGGUUUCAGGACCUGUAUUUUCGAUUCAAUGAACUGUUCUGAACUUUCCCUUGAAAUAAAUGAGACCCUUUUCAUACCUCUUCCGUGUUCCGGAAUCCCUGCCAUAAAUGUUGCAAGGACUCCACGACAGAUUUAUGUCUGGUCUCAAAAGAGCGGAGGCGCAAUAUUUAGAAUGGUUUUCAUCUUUCUGAGACCUGCUGUUCUCCGAGGCCUGUAGACCUGCUUGGGGCAGGCGUCCAGGUUCCUCCGAAUGAGGGGAAGGAAGAGGAACAGCACAGGUGCAUUCCAGGUGGGCAACUCUAAUCCUGCUUAUCCCCCCUUCAAUUCAUGCCCACCAGAGCAACCUAAAGAGGACUGGGCCUGAGAGAUGGUCUCCUUAAAAAUAAGAGAGGAUACCACUGAUGGUCUCACAGCCAAGGAAGAAUUCCCUGGGCAUUCCCCGCCAGGGCUGCCCGGAAAACCCACACUGCUCAAAGUACAGUUUCUUUUCCAAUGGGGAGUUCCCUGGGAUGGAAAAACGCACUGGGGUAGCCAUGCUUCCACGGGUUAGUUCGAAACGGCGAAGCGGAAGAGCCAUAGAACUUUGCCACCCAAGAUAGCAUCAUGCUUCCGUACGGGACAAAUCUGACGGCUGGAAACUGAAAUUUUCCAACCAGGUCGCCUCAACUCUAGUGCUGAAAGAUGGCUGGGUGUUUUAAGAGGUAGAAGAAAAUACUUAGCCUGUGUUCAUUUGAAACAGUUUACAUUUUUACUCUACUUUUUUAUCCUCCGUUCUAAGUAGCUCUGUAUACUGUAUAUAAAUGUAUGUCUCUGUAUUUGCCACGUAUACUGAAAUAAACCUUUGAAAUAAUUGCCAGGCAGAAUUAAUGGGUUCCGUUCCCAUAUAAUGAUGCAGAGACUAUCUUAACAGUACAGGUGAAACAGAAGCUCCCCCCCUUCCUUUCCUCUGCAUGGAGUCACUCCACCGAGUUGGCCUGCCACGUUGGAUCUUUUAGAAAGCCAAGAGCUGACUGUUUUUGCGAGCAAGCCAGAUUUCAGGGCAAACCCCAAAGAAGCUGUUGGCUUAGAUUUUAAGGUUGACAGUUCAUUUACACCGAGGUCAUGGAAAUAUUCCACAACUGUAGCACCAAAAGGCAUGGGGGAGGGGGUGGAAUAAAACCCACAGGGUCUUGUGAUGGGACCACAUCACGGCAAGACAUUAACUCUUAACUCUGUCUUCCAGAAACCAAUGAAAAGAAUGGACUUUGCGAGAACUCAGCUCUCACAGGCAGACACCCAUGUCUGGCCCGCUGUUUGCAUUAGGUUUGCGCGUUUUUAUAGCGAGCUCUCUACAACGGAUCAUUUCUCAGGCUCAAAGACGCUGGCCUUGUUAAUAUUUCAUUUAGAACAUACUGUGGAGAGCAUCUCAUUUAUAUUACUUCCAUAAUUAAUGGUGAUAGCUUAGGCACUGCCUUUAUACAGAGAGAUCUCGUCACAGUGGUCGAUGGGUAAUGAGAAACAAUAGAUAUUUCAUUCACCAGUAGCUUGUUGCUAGUUAGUAGGAAAUGAUCACGUGUGCUGUUGCUUUAAUUGCCAGGGUAAAUAAUUCUGCCUCGGUGUUAGUGAACAUUUUAAAGCACUUGAUGCAAAUAGACUAGAAACAAAACAAACAAAAAAAAUUACCUUGAUUAUGCAACACCUUAGCAUAGAAAGUUACAAAGGUAUGUCUUUUUUUUUUAAACUGUAUUCUAUCAUGCAAAUAUUAUCUAAAUAUGCAUGUGCUGACGACUCAUCUACUGUAUUUUAGGAAAUACAAUUAGGCUGCCUUUCUCUUCUCCUAUGUAGACUGUAAAUAGCUGUAGAUCUUUCUCUUGUUUCCGUAUGUAAAUAUAUGUAAAUACUAACAAGCUAUGCAUGCUGAUAUUCUAGGCAAUUUCAGGUACUUUUAUAAUCUGAAGGCAUGUACUUGAACUGGUUUGUUUAAAGGAAAAAAAAAACUCUCUCAAACUCUUUAAAGCUGAAUAGAAAUUAAAGAUUUCUUCCUAGA